CUUUUUGGCAUCAAAGCACAUGCAUAAGCUUCAGCCAUCCUCCUCUGAGAUUUCAGUUAGCUCAGAGGAGAAACGGUAAGAAUCCACCAACAGGGGCAGGGGUUCAUCAUCGCAGAAGAAUGGCCUGGAAGGCAGCUGCAGACCAUCAACAUCACCUUCAAGCAUUUCUAUGACCUCACUCAUCGUUGGACGAUCAGGAGGCUUCACCUGAAUGCAAUGUAGACCAACAACACACAACUUCCUUUCCAGCUCAUGCAUAUUCAAGUGCACAAAGAUGAGUAAAGUCAUUGCAACAACACUCCUCCUCUCCGUCAUCAGCCAUGGCGCCUACCCGGCCAUGGGUUCAGCUUGGGAGGAGGAAGACUUCGCCAGAAAUUGUCCACCGUCCUGGUGCAGUGACAGUGGACCAGAGAUCCGGUUCCCUCACCAGCUUGAAUCCAGCAACUCAUCUUCAUCAUCAUCAUGCAGUGCUUCAUGCGCGAGGCUAGCAUGCUCUGGUCCAGACACCAUCCUGCAUCACCCAUUUCUGGGGCCAUGCAAGAAGCUCAUCAUCGACAAUCUACCGGAACCAGAUUAUCAUUCCAGUCGCUGUUCAUUAUACAAUGCCCAGCCUGGGAAAAUAGUAUGCUGUUCAAAAGUGCUCACACCAAGUAUGUCUCCGACCAAUGACUAUGAUGGGAAUAUUGCUGAUCAUGCUGUCGUGGGCCCAAUCUCCUGCCUCAGUGACCCAAGCCACUUCUCAUAUUUGGUGGAUGCUUAUGAAGACAUUUAUUCACUUCCAUUGGACUGCAAGGCUGUCUCUAAAGGCAUUGUUCCGAUAUCCGGUGCAGUCACCGCUGAUGGUCCAACGUUCAAGCAACUGGCAGAAAGAAUCCUCAACUUUGCUGAGACAACUGUAAGUUGGUCCGAGGGAGGCAUUCCUGACAAUUGUGUGCAGUGUGAACAGCAAGGACAACGCUGCGCAUUCAGCUCACAAAGGAAUCAAACAUUCUGCAUGGGCCACAAACCUCAUGGUUCACGUGUCAAAGUCAUUGCAGCAACAUCAUCGGUAGCUGCAUUUGUUGUUAUUUCAUUGGUGGUGGCCACUGCAAUCUAUCUCUCCCUGAAGCUAAGUUAUAAUGAAGAGGUGCACUUGAAGGUUGAAAUGUUUCUAAGGACAUAUGGCACAUCUAAACCUACAAGGUAUACUUUCUCUGAAGUAAAGAAGAUAGCAAGAUGCUUCAAGGAAAAAGUAGGCCAAGGUGGAUUUGGAACUGUAUACAAAGGAAAGCUACCAAAUGGAGUGCCUGUGGCAGUCAAGAUGCUAGAGAACCCUACAGGGGAUGGAGAAGAGUUCAUUAAUGAAGUUGCAACCAUUGGAACGAUCCACCAUACAAACAUUGUCCGUCUCCUAGGUUUCUGCUCUGAAGGAACAAGACGUGCUCUUGUUUAUGAAUUGAUGCCUAACGAGUCAUUGGAGAAAUAUAUAUUCUUGCGUGAUCCUAAUACUCAAGAGCUCCUGUCACCAGACAAGAUGCUAGAUAUUGCUUUAGGCAUUGCCCGAGGAAUGGAGUACCUGCAUCAAGGAUGCAACCAGCGCAUCCUCCACUUUGAUAUCAAGCCUCAUAAUAUCUUGCUGGACUAUAACUUCAGUCCAAAGAUUUCGGACUUUGGUCUUGCAAAGCUGUGCCCAAGGGACCAAAGCAUUAUUACCUUGACCAAAGCAAGAGGCACAAUGGGAUACAUUGCACCGGAGCUAUAUUCUAGGAACUUUGGGGAGAUAUCUUACAAGUCAGAUGUUUACAGUUUUGGCAUGGUUGUUUUAGAAAUGGUGAGUGGAAGGAGGAGCUGGGACCCAAGUAUUGAGAACCAAAAUGAGGUAUACUUUCCAGAGUGGAUCUAUGAGAAAGUAAUUACAGAGCAGGACUUCAUACUUAGUAGGGAAAUGACAGAAGAAGAGAAACAAAUGGUGAGACAGCUGGCCCUUGUGGCACUGUGGUGUAUUCAGUGGAACCCAAGAAAUCGGCCCUCAAUGACAAAGGCUGUAAACAUGAUAACUGGAAGGUUGCAGAACAUACAGGUGCCUCCUAAGCCAUUUGUUUCGUAUGAAAGCCAUCCUAUGCCAUAAACCAUGGAAACUACACCACAAUGGCUUAGUAAAUUUUUGGGACUUAUACUUUAUCCACAUGAUGCAUAGUAAUGUAACGCCUAGAUAUUGCAUAAUAUGUACUUUGAUCAUUCCACUGUAUUAGCCAUCUGAGGUGAGUUCACCAUGUAACACAGUUAAGCAGAAAAGCAUCGCAUUGAACUCAACCUGCAACAUAGUGGUUCAGUCGUGGUGAUUACCUUGUUCAGUCGUUGCUGUGGUGUAUCUCCUACUGUACUGUACUCCUAGCUGCACUAGUCAGUCAGAUACUCCCAUUGGCCUUUUCAUGGGUCAGUAUUCUGAUGGAUAUUUUGCAAGACAAUGCUGCAAGGAAAUUGUAAAUCUAGUGUUAUCAAAUGGAUGCAUUAAAUUGGGUUUGAGCACGCUUUAUGUUUAAAACAAAUGAAUAGCAAAGCAAAGGGAUCACCAUUA